AGACACUGGCAGCCACCAGGAGUUCAAGUCUCCUUGGCAGUUGGAGGCUGGAAGAAAGGAUAGAAGUGGCUCUGACUGUGAUGGGGAUCUUGCUGGGUCUGCUGCUUCUGGGCCACCUAACGGUGGUCACCUAUGGCCAUCCCAUACUGGAAGGACCAGAGAGUGUGAUAGGGCCAUGGAAAGGGGAUGUGAAUAUUCCCUGUACCUAUGGUCCCCUGAAAGGCUACACUCAAGUCUUGGUGAAGUGGCUGGUACAACGUGGCUCAAACCCAGUCACCAUCUUUCUACGUGACUCCUCUGGAGACCAUAUUCAGCAGGCCAAGUACCGGCGCCGCCUGAAUGUGAGCUAUGAGGAUCCAGGGGAUGUGUCCCUCCAACUGAAUACCCUAGAGAUGGAUGACCGAGGCCACUACAUUUGUGAAGUCACCUGGAACACCCCUGAUGGCACCCAAGUGGCACGAGAGAAGAUCAUUGAAGUCCGUGUCCAGAAAUUUCCUGUCUCCAAGCCUACGGUGACAACUGGCAGCGGUUACGGUUUCACGGUGCCUCAGGGAAUGAGGAUUAGCCUUCAAUGCCAGGCUCGGGGUUCUCCCCCCAUCAGUUAUAUUUGGUACAAGGAACAGACUAAUAACCUGGAACCCAUCCGAGUAGCAAACUUGAGUACCUUACUCUUCAAGCCUGCGGUGGUGGCUAACUCAGGCUCCUACUUUUGUACCGCUAAGGGCCGGGUAGGCUCUGAGCAGCGCAGUGACAUUGUGAAGUUUGUGGUCAAAGACUCCUCCAAGCUACUCAAGACCAAGACUGAGGCACCUACAACCAUUCAAAUUCCCUUGGAAGAGACAUCUAUAAUGAACUCACCCAGGAACUGGACCACUGAAGCGAGUGACUAUUUGGGGGACACAAUUGCUGGGCCAGGAAGGGGUCUUCCUAUCUUUGCCAUCAUCCUCAUCAUCUCCUUGUGCUGUGUGGUGGUUAUCACCAUGGUUUAUAUCAUGCUUUGCCGGAAGACAUCCCAACAAGAGCAUGUCUAUGAAGUGAGCAGGAUGCCUUCCAGUGAGGCCAGUGACUCUGGAGAAACCAUGAGAGUGGCCAUCUACACCAGUGGCUGUUCCAGUGAUGAGCCAGCUCCCCGGGCUCUGGACAACAACUACUCUGACGAUCCCUGCCUGGGCCAGGAGUACCAGAUCAUCGCCCAGAUCAAUGGUGACUAUGCCUGCUUGCUGCACACAGUUCCCCUGGAUUAUGAGAUUCUGGGCACUGAGGUUAAGAGUGUCUGCUAACAAUCCCCUACUAGGUCAAAUUCUGUUGACAUAAUUAACUAUUCAGUAUUCAGUCCCUGCCUUCUGCAUGCCCCCCUUCUCUGCUACCUCUCUUCCUGGAUAGUCCAAAGUGUCUUUCCUGCCAAUGUUGCGGCUCCUGAGAGUGACUGGUUUGCCUAAGAAUUAGCCAUAUGCAUCUCAAGAAUGCUAGCUGUUGAGUUUGGCCCUGAGCCCUUCUAGUAUCUCUGCCUGGGUUUUCCAUUGCUCUUCUCCAAACACCAGUGAAAUGCCAGCACUAGGACUUGGUCAUCAUGUCUCCAGAUACCACCAGAAGACCAAAGGAGGCCCAACACUGACAGCUCGGAGAAGGAGUUGCAUCCAGGAUCACUGCCCUUUCUCCAGGGAUAGACAGCUUUUAAUUGAGAUUGUCAUGUCACAGGCUGGGGUUCAGUUCUGCUCUUGCCCUGUGAGUCUAGUGCUUUGGUAUUCCUUUGGUGCUCAAUAAAUAUAAUCAUGAUAGCGACCUCA